UCUUCGUAUGCUAUCCGUGUAGGAUCGACCUGGCGGCGCAGAUUCUGGACUAGAUCACUGAAAUUCUGAAAUAUUUGCCGUCAUCAUGUCUGCAAAAAAAGAGAAUAAAUCUUUCGGAAUGUGGAAUACACAAACACCAUCGUAUUCUAAAGAAACCCAAGAGUUAUUAAAAGUAAUGAUGAAAGAAUCAAAACUGAACAAUUUCCAGGCAAGACAACUGCAGAAAACAAUGAAAGAUGGAGCUGCCCUCCCAUUAGCAUGUAACCCAACAACCAGUGCCAGACCAGCGCAGCCUCUUCUUCCUCAGAAGCCAAGCAUCCGUGUGAAUCCAAAGGGAUACGGCAAGGGAGUACGCACCAAGGAGGAUAUAGAGGACUCCGGGGCCUAUGAGAGAGACAUGUACACGGGUGGUGGAGUAACAAAGUCAUUAGACAAGGAGAAAGAAAGAUUACAGAACUACAUGGCUUACGGUGAAGACAUCCCUCCCAUCUCUGAAGAGCGUAAACGGGAGGUCCUGAAAACCCCUGAACCUGAACCAAUGAUUGAUAGAUUCGCAGACUUGGAAGCGGAGAUUCAAGAGAGGGUGGAGUUUCUCGAGGACAUGAAGAAGAUGGGCAAGGAGAGGCAAUACAAAGCCAUCAUCGGUACUGAGAUAUCUAUGAAAAUCCGAGAAAUGGAGGUCAUUGACAAACAGAGGACACAACAACUGAAAAAGGCGAUGGCGGCGAAGGAAGCAGCACAAGGAAGCUGAGAGGUACCAGCUCAUUCUACCCGCUCUGAUUAGUUUAUGAUAUUGUCCAUUAUAUAUUUGUACAGAUGACCAGUGAUAUAUUAAACAUUCUUAUUCAUGUAUUCAAACAAAUACCAGUUUGAAAAAAGAGGGAUUAGCUGAGACUGCUUAUGUUGCACCUUUAGACUUAGGAAGUUCUUAAGGUAUGUUGACCAAAGAGAAACCAUGUUCCAUUUAGAUGCUGCUUGCUUGUAAGUGUCGGCUUGCAUGGUGAUGUAGAUAUACAGUAGGCUUGCGGGUCCAAGAAAGAUUACCGAGUCCUUUUCAGGACUCCUCAACCCUCUCUCUCUCACAUGGGGCACCCGCAAGCCUACCGUACAUGUUCCAUUUGUUCAAAAGAUCAGCUACAAAGUCUGGUUUGGAAUUUAUUUGUUCAUAUUUCGUUUUAUAUUGAUAUGGAAGGCAGUUCACAGAAAGGAGGAAAAAUACUUUUGUGAUAUGGAAGUCGGUCUACAUCCUUACAUAAUGCAAGUGAAUAAGCUCACCUCUCGAUACUUGAUGAAAUAUGUGCAUACUUAGCAUAUACAUUCGCAUAGAUUUCUAUUAAAUUUAGAAUAUUGUGAAAUAGGUAUUUUAGUAACUUUAUGAUUUUAUGAACAAUUUCAUGUAAUAUAUAAUAGAUAUAGGUAAUUGUGUCCCCCCUUUUGUGUAGACAUGUAUACGAUUUGAAAAUAUUCAAAUGAAGGCUUCAUUUAUGUUUCUUUGUAACUUUGUGGUAAUUGUUGAAUGAUAUUGCAUGUUUUACUGGUGUAUUUACUUGUGCAGAUAGAGGUACCGUAGGUGAAUAGUCAAGAUUUGUCAUUAAGUAUGGAUCAGUUCUGUGACUUCCAGCUACAUGGCUUGUGCGACUGGCAGGUUCAAUAUUAGAUAUUCUGCUGAGAACUUGAGCGGGGUUUCACAAAACCGUCAUAAGUACAAGUUCACCUCUAACCCAUUGAAAUGUGUGUAUUGAAUUCAACACGCGUUUCAAUGGGAUGUCGAUGAACUUGUUCUUAUAACGGUCUUGUGAAACAAUGCCCAGAAAGCUGUAAAUUCUUUUGUGAAAAGAUCCAAGAUUCUGGCUGGUAUGAGUGGAAAUGUGUUAUUCAAAUGCUCACAUUUUCCUUUUUUACAAAAAAAAAAAUCAUCAUCCCUCUCUGUCGUUCCUUUGUGGAUAGAAAACAUAUACAGCCUUAGGCAUUUCUACACCAUUCAUUGCUAUUAUUUGUUUAGACUGUAGUCAUGGAGACUGGGGAAACAUGCUCACACGUGCAGGGCUCAUCAAUGUGCUUGUCAUGCAAACACUUGAUUCGCACCAUCUAUUGUGGUGCCGCUUCGACCUCUUUACAUAGUAUAAAUGCAUUUUCUUAUUGUAAAUGUAUAUUUCCUCAUUUUUAAAAGAUGUUUUAUUAGAAAAUGUGCCCUCCAAUCAUUGUUCCAUCUACAAUUGAUUGGAAUUGUCUAAUUAUUGAUGAUUUAAAUUAACUGCAUAUAUCGUUGUAAGCAUUCUGAAUGUCACAAGAAAAAUGUAUUUAUUGCUAGUGAUAUUUUGUAAAUUUGGUAUUUAAUGAAAAAUAAAAAUGAUGUGAAACUGUA